UUGACUAACCUUGAUAUUCUUCAUCAGAUGACAGUCCUAUAACAUCAGGUUAUACAUACACUUAUGUUUUGUUCGAAAAUGUGCAUAUUUAGAGCUGAAAUCAGUGGUUACACAUUGUGCUAACUUAGCUACUUUUUCCACAACGUCCAGAUAUUUUUCUGACACUUUUUCUGACACACAUAUUCUGACCAAAUAGCUAUUCAUAAACAUAACUAAAAAAUACAUGUUGUAUAGGAAAUGAUAGAUCCAUUAGUUCUUAAUGAAAUCGCAGUGUUAGAAUUCUAAAAAUAACUUCAUUACGAUAUGCAGCUUCGGUAUAGCUAGAGUACCCAAACGUUAGGCGUCGGCGACUAGUUCACAUGUACGACAGAUAUAUGAAAUAGCAUCAUAAAAUGUUUCUUACUUUUGCUGAUCUUUCAUCAGAAUGUUGGAUAAGGUGUCCUUUGUCAAGAACAAUCGUUGUUUGGAUUUGGAACGUCCAUUAUCCCUCUCGAUUUAGCAAGCACACUUGCCAAGUGGCAUUUCGCUCUCCAUGUCAACAAACGGAAGAGAACGGAACACGGCAAAACUCCGGAAAAAUGUUCAAUAAUCUGAUUAAACUAUAUUUAAAAAACAUACUUUACGAUGAUAUGGUCACAUGUAUCAAAUAAAAUCAAAGCCGGAGAUAGUAGUCGCCUAUAACGACAGCUAAACAGAAGGCAAAUCCCUGUCUCUCUUCGCGCCUUCCUGAAAACAGGAAAUGGAGGACACGUCAUUCCAUGAGCUGUAAUUCGAGUCCAGAUCAAGUUACACAGUCCAUUUCUUCUCUCACUCCUUGUCGACAUAUAGUGGAAGACGUAUGAAGUGUAUCUAAACUAAUAAAUAACAAGGGCUUUAAUAGGCAGCCCCUGGAACAGAGCCUCAAUUUCAGACUUUCCACUUCCUGUCAGGAAGUUUGCUGCAGAAUGAGUUCUGUUUCACUCACAGAUAUAAUUCAAACGGUUUUAGAAACUAGAGAGUGUUUUCUAUCCAAUAGUAAUAAUAAUAUGCAUAUUGUACGAGCAAGAAUUGAGUACGAGGCCUUUUUGAAAUGGGCACCUUUUAUCUGGCUACUCAAUACUGCCCCUUCAGCCCAAACAGGUUAACUGACUAGCUAACAUUAGCCAGCUAGCUAGCUGGUGUUAUGACAUGAGUACAGUAUGACGUUGUAAUUUGUGUUGUUUAAUGUUUUAGGGACUCCUGAGAACCAGCAAACCAGGCUGUCGUCUUGGGAAACAGUGGAUAUAAAGAAUCUAGCUAGCUAAAGCAUUUACUGCAAAUUGAAUGUACAAUUGGUUCUCUACAUGAUCACAAGGAUGAUUUUCACAAGCGUCUGUCCUACACCACCCACAAACUAGAGAUGGUGGAGUCUGAGUUCGACUCCACCCGUCAGUACCUGGAGACGGAACUCCGUCGAGCCCAGGAAGAGUUGGAGAAAUUCACUGACAAACUACGCAGGAUCCAGAGCAGUUAUGCAGCUCAACAGAGGAUCAAUCAAGACCUGGAGGAGAAGGUGCACAGGACAUCCCAGCACCAUGAGGACGAGAAAAGAGCGCUGAGUCGGGAGAUCAUCGUCCUCAACAAUCACCUCCUGGAGGCCAAGAUCACCAUUGAAAAGCUCAGAGAGGACAACGACCUUUACAGGAAGGACUGUAACCUGGCAGCACAGCUCCUCCAGUGCUCCAAGUCACACCACAGAGCCCACAAGCUAUCCGAGCUGCCCAUUGACUUCCAGGAGCGGGUGAGCUCCCACAUAGAGAAGCACGGAUGCGGCGUCACAAUGGCGCUGUGCCACUCAUCCUACUCCGAUGCUGUGCCCACCGCCGUCAUCGCCAAGGUGCUCGAGAAGCCCGAGCCGGGCAGCAGCUGCCCAGUCACCCGCUCAACCAGCCCUCAGCCAUUGGUGGAUGAGGGCCAUGACCAUGACUUCGUGACCAAUAGUGUGGGCGGUGAAAUCCUUCAGCGCCGUACCGCCUAUCUGUACUGCAGCGACACGGCCCUCUACUGCCCUGAGCGCUGGCAGGAGCGCAGGCAGAGCGUAGAGGUCCACGGCCUCCCCAAGGGUCUCUUCCUCCAGGCCCAGAACUCCAACCCUCAGGAGGUGGCCUUCCAUUCAGGUAACUUCUCCCAACACAGGGCCCCCUCCUUCCACGGAGAGUUUACGGUGGGCUCCUUGCCGGCCUCUAGCUCCUACUCCAGCUUCAGCCAAGCUUCGGAGGAGGAGAGGGGAGGGGAAGGCUGCGGUGGCGGCCUCAGCAGCACCAUGUCCUCCUCCCACCAGGCACUCUACAUGGACUGGCGGGAUGGGGGGUACGGUGAGCGCAAGAGCACCUCUUCUUAUGAGAAGGACAGCCCUCCCAGCCACAGCCUCUUCCCCAUGUCCCACAGCUUCCAGCACAUGAUGAUGCCGCCUUCCCCCAACCCCGCGAAAGGCGGUGGCGGCUCUUCGCCAGCAUACGUGCACACGCCGUCCUGCGGCUACAGUGAGCCGUACCACUCGCCUCACCUAGCAUCGUCGCACACCGUGGGCUCGGCCCAGGGUGGAGGAGGACCCCAGGCGGUGGAGCGCUCUGACAGCCAGGCCAGCAUAGGUGUCCCCACCGAAGAAGAACUAUCUGGAAGCUGGAGGCAGCUGAGUGUAGAGGACAUCAACUCGUACUCCUACAACUGCAAUCCGGGCCGCAUGUCUCCCUACAGCUUUUCCGAGCAGCACUUCACCAUAGGCCCAGCCAAGCUCAAACUGGGGCCGCUCUACAGCAGCUUCCAGGAGGGGGACGACAACAUCUCUCUCCACAGCCAUGUGCUGGACCAGUGCUUGGCCGCUGCCGUCGGUGGUGGCGGACUCUCACCCAGUCCCAAACACCCCAGCAUGGGCCUGCGGGGCAAGCCCCAGCCCCUUUACAGAGCCAAGGAGGACAGCCAGGACUCAGAGUGCAGCCAGUUCUUCUCUGGAAGCUUGAAGGACAAGGAGAGCGGGGCGGCUGGAGCGGCACGGGGGACCAUGAACAAGGAACAUGUGGAUGUGAGCCCCAACAGCUUGGCCGAGUCCUUGCACCACCAAAGCUCCCUGGAAGCUUCCGGUCUGCAGCAGCAACACUACCAGAGGGAGAGAGUGAGGCCCAGCUUGAUCCUAGCUGUUCCCAGGAAGAGUUCUCAACACCACCAAAAAUGUGGAAGCACAGGAUCAGGACUUAACAGGAAGGACAGUCUUACCAAGGCCCAGCUGUACGGCACCCUCCUGAACUGAACAGCUCGGUAACACUUUAGACUUGACAGGUAUAAUGCAUUACGAUGCGGUUAUAAUUCAUUGUAAGACUUGUCAUAAGCACAUGUGACCCCUUAUAAAAAGUCUUAAUAUUAUCUCAAUGACCAAAUAAUAGCAAUUUUGAGCAAGUUGAAAAUAUGCUUCAUAAAAAGGACAUAACAUAUUGUAACCCUUGUAAUAAGAAAUAAAAGCUCACGCGCGUGCUUAUAACAAGUAAUACAAUUAUACCGGUCAGCUUGAAGUAGUGUUACCAACAGCUCUUCCAUUUAUGCAUGAUUAUGGACAUCUCCAUGUUUCCUGUGGCAAACACACAGUUGGUGAGGAUUUGAGAUUCAUUUGUAAUCCGGUGAAGGCAAGUUUCAAGCCGUCAGAUGCUACACAGCUGUUGUUUUUUCGCUGUUUAUGUCAUGAUACGGUGUAGUUAUCAGAGAGACUAGACACCAGAUUUCCUACAGUAUAUCGUCCCUUAUUCUCCGAGACAGCUUUGAGCUUGCUGAAUGGCUAUUUUGGAAAAGGCUCACAAGACGAAUUAUCCCUUAACAAUGACGACAGUAUUGAGGCAGUAACUAUUGUACUAAAUACAUAAGCUAUUAGCAUUUGAAGUAUGUCAGUAACACAACAUAAUUUAGUACAAGCAUAAUGUGUACCAUUUCGGCAGACAGACUUAUGCUGUGAGAGCUGAGCGCUCCAUUACAAGUUCCCAUCAAACCCCCGCUAUUGAGGAUCUCAUUACCAUGACAUACCACCAACUAAAGGCUACCUAAACUCAUCAGCAAAAAAAAAGAAACGUCCUCUCACUGUCAACUGUGUUAAUAUUCAGCAAACUUAACAUGUGUAAAUAUUUGUAUGAACAUAACACGAUUCAACAACUGAGACAUAAACUGAACAAAUUCCACAGACAUGUGAUUAACAGAAAUGGAAUAAUGUGUCCCUGAACUAAGGGGGAGUCAAAAUCAAAAGUAACAGUCAGUAUCUGGUGUGGCAACCAGCUGCAUUAAGUACUGCAGUGCAUCUCCUCCUCAUGCGCUGCACCAGAUUUGCCAGUUCUUGCUGUGAGAUGUUACCCUUACAACAGGCCUACAAGCCCUCAGUCCAGCCGCUCUCAGCCUAUUGCGGACAGUCUGAGCACUGGAGGGAUUGUGCGUUCCUGGUGUAACUCGGGCAGUUGUUGCUGCCAUCCUGUACCUGUCCCGCAGGUGUGAUGUUCGGAUGUAGCAAUCCUGUGCAGGUGUUGUUACACGUGGUCUGCCACUGCGAGGACGAUCAGCUGUCUGUCCUGUCUCCCUGUAGCACUGUCUUAGGCGUUUCACAGUACGGACAUUGCAAUUUAUUGCCCUGGCCACAUCUGCAGUCCUCAUGCCUCCUUGCAGCAUGCCUAAGGCACGUUCACGCAGAUGAGCAGGGACCCCGGGCAUCUUUCUUUUGGUGUUUUUCAGAGUCAGUAGAAAGGCAUCUUUAGUGUCCUAAGUGUUCAUAACUCUGACCUUAAUUGCCUACCGUCUGUAAGCAUCUUAACAACCGUUCCACAGGUGGAUGUUCAUUAAUUGUUUAUGGUUCAUUGAACAAGCAUGGGAAACCGUGUUUAAACCCUUUACAAUGAAGAUCUGUGAAGUUAUUUGGAAUUUUACAAAUUAUCUUUGAAAGACAGGAUCCUGAAAAGGGGACGUUUCUUUAUAUGCUGAGUUUAUGUAUGCUGCUGUCUCGAAAGCUGUUAACUUCUAAGGCCUCAUUUUCUCAUGUACAAACUGCAUGUUAUGCAUAUAUAGUGCAUUUGAAAUGUGUUCAGACCCCUUGACUUUUUCCACAUUUUGUUACGUUACAGCCUUAUUGUAAAAUGGAUUCAAUUGUUUUCCCCCCUCAUCUACACACAAUACCCCAUGAUGACAAAGCAAAAACUGGUUUUUAGAAAUGUUUGCAAAAGUAUAAAAACAUUUAAAUUGAAAUAUUACAUUUAUAUAAGUAUUCAGACCCUUUACUCAGUACUUUGCUGAAGCACUUUGGACAGCGAUAACAGCCUGACCAAGGCCCUUCUCCCACGAUUGCUCAGUUUGGCCGGGAGUCCAGCUCUAGGAAGAGUUUUGGUGGUUCCAAAUAUCUUCCGAUUAAGAAUGAUGGAAGUCACUGUGUUCUUGGGGACUUUCGAUGCUGCAGACAUUUUUUGGUACCCUUCCCCAGAUUUGUGCCUCGGCACAAUCCUGCUUCGGAGCUCUAAGGACAAUUCCUUCGACCUCGUGGCCUGGUUUUUGCUCUGACAUGCAGUUUCAACUGUGGGACCUUAUAUAGACAGGUGUGUGCCUUUCCAUACUAUGUCCAAUCAAUUUAAUUUACCACAGGUGAACGCCAAUCAAGUUGUAGAAACAUCAAGGAUGGUCAAUGGAAACAGGAUGCACCUGAGCUCAGUUUCGAGUCUCAUAGCAAAGGAUCUGA